AUGGCGUCAUCUUCCUCCGUCCGCCUUCAUCACCUGCCGUUCACCUCUCGCCGGUCGCCUACUCCAACCAAUCUCCAGUUGUGCGCGACGAGCUGCCAGUGGCGGCAGCUUCCCGUUCCCGGCGCGGCACCUCCUUCGCUCCGCCUACGCGCCACGGGUGCCUCACAGCCGCUUGGCAGUGACAGCAACGCCCUGUUAUCCCGCGGAACCGAGGAGGUCGAGAAGGUGGAGGAGGAGCUGAAGCCUGCGCCCCGGCUCAAGAUCGCCGUGGUCGGGUUCGGCAACUUCGGGCAGUUCCUGACGCGCACGCUGGUGGCGCAGGGGCACACGGUGCUAGCGCACUCCCGGUCCGACCACUCCGCCGUGGCGGCGUCCAUGGGCGUGCGCUUCUUCCCGGACCCACACGAUCUCUGCGAGUGCCACCCGGACGUGGUGCUCCUGGCCACCUCCAUCCUGUCCGCCGAGUCCGUGGUCCGGUCGCUCCCGCUGCACCGCCUCCGUCGCGACACCCUCUUCGCCGACGUCCUCUCCGUGAAGGAGUUCCCCAAGCGGCUCCUCCUGGGCGCGCUCCCGGAGGAGAUGGACAUCAUCUGCACGCACCCGAUGUUCGGGCCGGAGUCGGCGCGCGACGGCUGGGCCGGCCUCCCCUUCAUGUUCGACAGGGUGCGCGUCCGGGACACCUGCUCGGCGCGCCGCGCCCUUGCCGAGGCGUUCCUCGGCGUGUUCGCACAGGAAGGGUGCCGGAUGGUGGAGAUGUCGUGCGCCGAGCACGACGCGCACGCCGCCGAGACGCAGUUCCUGACGCACACCGUCGGGAGGAUGCUGGCGGCGCUGGAGCUCCGGGCGACGCCAAUCGACACCAGAGGGCACGAGACGCUGCUCGGGCUGGUGGAGAACACGUGCAGCGACAGCUUCGACCUCUACAACGGCCUCUUCAUGUACAACAACAACUCCACCGAGCUGCUCAACCGCCUCGACUGGGCCAUGGACGCCGUCAAGAAGAAGCUCUUCGACGGCCUCCACGACGUGCUCCGGAGGCAGCUGUUCCACGUCGGGGAGGGGGAGGGCGGAGCGGAGCGCACGGAGGUGCUGGCGGUGGUGCCGGGCAGUGGUCCGGACAACGAUGACGGGCGCGCGACGGCGAUGGCGACGAUCAAGUCGGGAGAGGAGAAUAAUUGA